CCGGCCCGGCCCGACCGGCGGAAGGUGGGGCUGGGGUCCCGCGGGGGGCUCGCCCCCGCCCCGCGAGAGGGUUCGGGGUGCCCCCCACCCACCCCGAGAGGGCGAGGACCCCCCCCCGGUCACCCGUGGGGACAGAGGAGGCGGAGCCCGGCCGGGGUCAGUCACGAGUGACCGGAGCGCGGCCGGGGCCAUGUGGCUGUACGUGGCGCUGCUGGCGCUGGCCUGGGCGCUGGGCUGGCUGCUGCGGGACCGCCGCACGCUGCCCACCGUGACCGACAAGCACGUCUUCAUCACGGGCUGCGACAGCGGCUUCGGCAACCUGCUGGCCCGGCGGCUGGCCCGGCGUGGCUACCGCGUGCUGGCCGCCUGCCUGACCCCGCAGGGCGCCGAGAGCCUGCGCGGGGACAGCGCCGGGGGACACCUGAGGACCACCGUGCUCGAUGUCACCCGCUCCGACAGCAUCCGCCGGGCCGCGGAGUGGGUGCAGAGGGAGGUGGGGGAGAAAGGGCUGUUCGGGCUGGUGAACAACGCGGGCGUGGCCGACCCCAUCGGCCCCACGGAGUGGAUGGACAUCGAGGAUUUCCGCCGGGUCAUGGCCGUCAACACCUUCGGGGCCAUCGAGGUCACGCUGCAGCUGCUGCCGCUGCUGAAGCGCGCGCGGGGCCGAGUGGUCAACACGUCCAGCGUGCUGGGGCGCAUCUCGGCCAACGGCGGCGGCUACUGCCUGUCCAAGUUCUGCAUCGAGGCCUUCUCGGACAGCCUGCGGCGGGACAUGCGGCACUUUGGGGUCAAGGUGAGCGUGGUGGAGCCGGGCUUCUUCAAGACCAACGCGACGGACCUGGCCUCGCUGGAGGCGUCGCUGCGGCUGCGCUGGGAGCGCCUGGAGCCGGCCACGCGCAGCAGCUACGGGGAGCACUUCUUCCCGCAGUACCUGCGGGUGCAGCGCCUGCUGCUGUCGCUGCUCUGCGACCCCGACCUGGCCAAGGUGACGGCGUGCAUGGAGCACGCGCUGCGGGCGCGCCACCCGCGCAGCCGCUACAGCGCCGGCUGGGACGCCAAGCUGCUCUGGCUGCCGGCCUCCUACCUGCCCUCGGCCCUCGUGGACCUGGCGCUGGCCCUCAUCCUGCCCCGGCCGGCCCAGAGCCGCCGCUGAGAGACCCCAGACCCGCUGAGAGACCCCAGACCCAAAAUAAACCCCCCCAAAUAUGGGGGGUAAACCUCACAAACUCCUCUGUCCUGGCUCUGCUUGGGGUUGGGAUUUGGGGACACUGAGGUGGCACUUAGAGCCCCAUGGACCUGGCCCUGGUCCUCAUCCUGCCCCGGCCGGCCCAGAGCCGCCGCUGAGAGACCCCAGACCCGCUGAGAGCCCCCAGACCCAAAAUAAACCCCCCAGAUAUGGCGAGUAAACCUCACAAACUCGUCUGUCCUGGCUUGGGUUGGGGUCAGGAUUUGCAUGGCAUUUGGGGACAUUGAGCAUUGAGGUGGCACUUGGAGCCCCAUGGAGCUGGCCCUGGCCCUCAUCCUGCCCAGGCCAGCCCAGAGAGACCCCAGACCCGCUGAGAGCCCCCAGACCCACUGAGAGCCCCCAGACCCAAAAUGAACCCCCCAGAUAUGGCGAGCAAACCUCACAAACUCCUCUGUCCUGGCUUGGGUUGGGGUCAGGAUUUGGGGACACUGAGGUGGCACUUGGAGGUUUAUGGACAUGGCCCUGGCCCUCAUCCUGCCCAGGCCAGCCCAGAGAGCCC